AUGGAUCUUCAAGGCACUCCUCUUCCUCACGGCGCCCGCAGCACCAAGGUCACCAACGACCCUCAAGCCACCCAGAACCCCAUUGAGGAGCCCGCAGGCCCUAUCCCUAAUGAUUCUCUUGCCGCCGACUCUGUCCGUCAGGGCGGUGCCUUCUCCCAGAACCGUGGUGCCGAGCCCAUGGGCGUCUCAGGCUACCAGUCCACUGUGAACAACACCGAUACUUCCGCUGCUCAGACUCUCCCUUCUGCCCCCGUCGGCGGUCUCCGUGAGAACCGCGAGGACCAGCAGAAGUACCCCGAGGCCCUCGGUGGCCAGGGUAGCUUCCCCGGCACUCACCUCUCCCAGUCUGGCUACACCGGUGGCCCGACCGCUAGUAAGCAGGAGAUGGGAAUUAACGCUGGCGAGUACUCUACCGCCAGCGGCAGCGGCCGUAGCCAGCACAACGCCGGUCAGGCUCCUUCUUACGUCCACGACGUUACUGGCGAUAUCCAGCACCCCAAGCCUGAUGGCCGCGGCAUUACAGAGGGUGGUUUCCACUCCAAUGAUGCCAAGAAUGCCAGUUUCAACUCUGAAAUCGGCACCGACCAGGACCCUGGUCGCGAGGCUCUGAACAAGUUCCAGCGCAGCAACGCUGAGACUUCUUCUAACGGCCCCCGUCAGAACGUUGCUGAAGGUCAGACACCUUACUCGGCCUUGGAGGAACAGCGCGCCUAA